UCUGACGCUUUCCUCAGGCUGAGCCAGCAUCUACCCCGUGAACGCAAUGCCUCACCGCUGCCUCGGUAUCCCAGAAGUCCUCCUGAUUGUUGCGCAGGAGCUUCGCGCGCAAUCGCUACCGUCUGUCCUCAAUCUUGCGCUCACGAAUUCUGCGAUAUGCGAGCCAUGUCUGGACGUGCUUUGGGAGGAGCAGACGACGCUCAUACCGUUCCUGAGGCUCUUUCCGGAAUAUGAACUGCUGGUUCAGCCGGAUAGAUUCCCCGGUGUAACGUCAAAGCCUGAGGAAAUACAUGAGGUGCACCUGACAGGACCACCCUCUCGUGAUUCCUGGCUCAAAGCGCAGAGGUACGCCCGUCGCGUGCGCUCUAUGACGUUCGAGAAGUAUGAUGGCGGCACAUAUGGCCGAUAUCAGCAAAGACCCAGCGGCAACAACAGGGCGGAGGAGGUCGAGAACGAGGAUCAGGAACAGGCAGAGGAACAGGCAGAGGAAGACGACGAAAGCGACGCGGACGAGCCUAUAGUCCUGCGAGAGGCGGUUGAUAUAGACCAGCAGAGCCUCAAACUUCUCUUGCAGUGCGCCGAAGGGGAGCCUCUGUUCCCGUACCUGCGCAUCCUCAACUGCACUGAGCCAUCAUCUAUGGAGCCCAGCUUCUUCCUCGACCUGCCGAACCUUUUCGUCCCCAGUCUUCGCGAGCUGCUUCUCGCACUGGGCCAGAACGACGUGGACGAGGAUGUGGCGAUGAUCAGGGCCCUUCCGGCAGCCUGCCCUGAUCUCACCAUGCUCCUCAUAAAUUGUGGCGGACCGUUGAGCGAAGAGACGUCGGAGGCACUGCGCGAGGCAAUCCUGCAGUGGGGGUCUUUGAACGCCGUCCGCCUGCCGGACACGCGCGCGUCUACCCUCGCCCAUCUCGGCCAAUGUGAGGCAUUCGAGAGUGUAGACUUGGCCGUGCGCGAACACAUCCUACUGGAUGGAAACCCCGAGCCCGUCGCGUUCGGAGCGACCGUGGACUGGUUCGCCAUAGAAGCCCACAAUCCCACCUUCGUUGAGAGAGCAUUGAGGAUGAUCUCAGGCGCUCGACUCAAGGCGAAGGCCUUCGACGUGCUAUUCGACGACGACGCAGAGGCAGGCGGAUACGAUGUCCGGCUGCGCAACCUCGCCCUCCUCGCAACGAUGCUGGAGCCCAGCAUGGUCCAGCAGGUUCUAUACUACCAAGACACGGACAUCGACCCGACAUGGGGCCCGCUGCCCUCGUCCUCCCUCGUUCAGUUCACGUCCUACCCGAACCUCACGCACCUCGGGCUCGACUGCUGGAUCGACUACACGGACGAGGACCUCGCGACCGUGGCCAAGGGGCUCCCCCUCCUCGAGCUCUUCGUCCUCGACGUGCACGCCCAGGAGCGCGAGGAUCUCGAGCGACAAGAUCGCGCGACGCUUGCGGGUCUCAUCCCCUUCUCGCACUACUGCCGCAAGCUCGAGCGUCUCUGCCUGCGCCUCGACGCGACACACAUCCCAGAAAUCCCAGACACGCCGGAGGCCACCGCGUCGAUCAAGCAUGCGGUGCGCACGCACUUCGCGGACUCCGAAGUCGAGGAUCCUGCCGCCGUCGCGGCCUUUCUCGCGCGUAUCUUCCCGGCUGGGUGCACCAUCGCGCGCUACCCGCCCAGUCACGGCAUCUAUUCCUCGUAUGUGGACACUUUUGACGAUGAUGAGGCAUGGGAUAAGGAGCGGGUGGGGAACUGGCCCAUCGGGCUGUGGUCAGAGGUGUAUGACGAGCUGAUUGAGCUGCAAGAGUCAACGUAAGGUGCACUACCCCGUUGACGUCUAUUCAAAUAAGCUCGCUAUUCUAAUUUAUAUUCCUUUACACUUGCUACUUACCUAGUGUUAGCGCGCUAUUGGUCGUGGGACCAAGCUUUAAGGCCUCGCGACUCGACUGACUCAUUAGCAGACAAAUUCUCUCGCCUAAUCAUUCUUUACUUACUUUAACGUCUCUACAGGCGACUAUACCUCUUACAGUAGCACCGUCCGUUAAUUCUUGCGAUGCAUUGCGAUCAGGAGGAUGACAUCCGUAAAUUGCCACCU